CUUGCAUUUACGGCUAACGACAAGACAUCAUCAUUGGCUCUUGCUUUUGGGUUGACGCUCACAACAUUCGGCAACAUAAUUACCGUCGAGUCUAUUCGUUACAUUUAAAGGACUCAUUUCACUUCGGGGCCUGUCUCAACGCCUCGCUUACCUAAUCCUUGCUUUGUUUGACGGUGGCUAAAAGAAAUCGCCCAUCAUGAACGCACCAGAUCGCUUCGAGCUCUUUCUGCUUGACGAUGGCCAGAAGAAGAUUGAGGAGAAGAUAUAUGCUGGCAUGUCAAACACGUCUGACUUUAUUCUGAACAAAGAGGAUCACACUCUGGGCAACCUGUUGGCUGAGCACCUCAAGCAACACGCAAAGGUAUUGAUGUGUGGGUACAAAGUCGCCCAUCCCAACGUCCCAGAGGUCAUGAUUCGGGUGCAAACAGAUGGGACGAUCACGCCUAAGGAUGCAAUGGUUGAGGUGUGUAAACAACUUAUUCAGGCGUACGGACAGCUUGCCCGCGAGUUCACGAGAGAGUAUGAGCUGCGCAAGAUGGUCUCAGCGGGUAAUCAGGAGGCCUAGGAAGGCCGUAAAACUCAAUGACCUGGGAUUUCUUGGCAUAUGGAAGAAAGGUACAUGGCAAUCUGAGCAUGAUGGGCUUUGGACUUAGGUACGGCGUUCCUGGCGUAUAGAGUCAUCUGGACUGGCAGAACACAGCGAUGAAUACGAUUCAUCACAGUGCAUUUCAUGGUAGCAUAAUUGUUUCACAAUCGAGCCCUGCCCUCGAAGGAUUCUUAUUUCGGCA